GGAGAGUAAUCGUCGAGUUUUUCGAUACUAUUAAUCCGAUUCCUCAGUUACAUUUUUGAAAUUAAGUUGGUUCUAAGCACUGCGUUUGGAAACCGGGCUUCAGCUUUCCCACUUUAUAGUCCGAUUUUAGCAGAGUAAUCUCGUAUCACGAUGUCUUAUCGUCGACGCGAUUUGUAUAACGAAGACUCCGCAGCGAACCUCCUUCGCUCUGUCAGGCAACAGGUAAGCAUGUACAGUUGCUGUAUAUUUUUGUGGUUCUCCGUAGAUUUAAUGUGAUUAACAUCAUCGAACCCCUUAUACUUGAUUAUUAUCUUUGAGUCUCUGCAUGCCGUUAAUGCUGCUGGUAAUCUUGAGGUCAAAUGGCUUGUGUUCCGGUAGCUUCUUGCACAUAGCUUGGCCUUGCAAACUUGAAAGCUUCGAAUUUCAACUUCUUUUCCGCCCUAUAAAACUCUGUGGUUUGUGAUAUACUCUUUAAACGUACUUUUUGCCGUCUUUGACAGGAAGCUCAAUUUGAAAUGCUUUCCCGAGAAUUAGAACAAGAGAGAAGAAAUGUUGCACAGCAGUUAGAAAAGGUAAGCCAAGGAGUUCGAGUUUUGAUUCCUAUUUUGAAUUCCUGCCUGGGUACGCUAAUUUUGUUCCGCGCCGGUCAUGGGCCGCGUAGUAGGUCAAACCUCAAUUUUGCACGGCGUAAAAAGAUGUUAUACAACAUGUACGAUUAUAAACCUCUCAAUAUUUUCACUUGCAGUGCAAAUAUGGCUCGGAAACAGCAAGUGUUAGCUCGAUGGGAAGGUAAGAAACUCAUUGUCGUGUUUGUAUACUGAAGAUAUAGUCAAGAUAAGCUUGAAUAUUUUUUUAUUUGAAUUUUACGAUCCCAGCUUGAGAAUUAAGUGUUUUCAGUUUUUCACAAACCAUUAAAUUCAUGGAAGUGAGUUUGUUACGAUUCCAUCAAGAUCAUUUCCAUUAAUUUGAUAUUUAUAUGGUACUUGCUUAAUAAAUAAGUAAAAAUGUCUGGAUGUUUCUUUCUUAUGGUUGAAUCUCGUCACUGACAUGUACGCAUAAUUUUAAGUUUAGGAACGUUCGAUCGAAAGUCAUUUUGUAGGAACCGAUUUCUUGCUUGUGUUACAAAUGGAUAUUUAUAAAGGGUGAUUAUACCUUGGCGCGGACCAUUUUAAUUAUAAUAUGUCGGAUUAUCUCUUCAAACCUUUCAACUAGUCGUGCUUUGUAACAAACUUCAUCAGAGAGACUUUGCUAAAAGUAAGCUUAUUUUGAUUACAAUCAACGUCGGCAAGUGCUUUUUUUUAUCCACGGCUAGCUAUCAGGUAUCAUAAAUCAAGUUUUCGAGUCUUUGUAUUUGGCGUUUUCAUUUCCUGAAAGGCAAUCGGUGCAUGGAUUGUGUUUUUGUGAAGAGAAUUUUAUUCAAGAAUUUACCCCUUGCCUCUGCGUUACAGUCAUUUAAAGUUGUACAAACUAGCUAGUAACUCGGCGAAAAAAGUCUUGAGGUUAAAAUUCUGUAUUGAGAGUGAAAGUUAUAUUUGCUGGCGUUUUAAAGUUUCUGAACAAUGCAUUCCUCUCUAAUGUCAGUCUUGGGUAUUGUUCCGGAAGGGUAGCUAUCACCUAAGUUCUAAUUCUCCAUUUUGCCUCGUUCGCCUCGUUUGCCUCGUUCGAACCAAUUUCGUGAUCAAAGCAAAGCACCAUGUUAGGGAAAAUUUAUCUUUUGAUGAGGUUCAUGCCUGGAAGACUACUGUUGAAAUGUUUGUAAGUGUGAAAUAUUUUCCCGAGGUGUCAAAUUGUUGACAGCUUAAUGGCGGUCAAAUGUUUUUUCAGAUGUCCAAAAAGAAUCACGGUGAAGCAGUCUUUUCAUGAAACACUUACAAAUGUAACUUUGCGUGAAUAUUAUUUACUUUUCUUUGAAUAAUUUUCCUUGAUAAUAAAGGAAGGACUAGUGAGGAAAUUUAAGAGAAAUUGUGAUAAAUUAGGUCCUUGAAAUGCAAAUUUUUAAAAAGAAAAAGUAGCUCCUAUAGAGACAAUUUAGCAGUGUGUUUAUACUCUGGCUUGACUCCAACAGGAGGCAUGACUUUCCCUCAUUCUUCAAUUAUCUGUCGUGGUUGCUUUGCAACUUGUAUGUUUUCAUCUGGAUACACAUAGGUAAUGUGUUGUUAUCAUGAUAGAGACCUGAUGGUUCUAACUGUAAAGGAAACCCAAAAGUGCUCAAAAUUGAUUUUCAAAGGGUAUACAGUUUAUUGUAGGCAGAGAAACACUAUUCAAUUAGUGAAAUCAAGGAACCAUAAAUAGUUAUUAUAAUCAUUCUAUGAUAACCCUAUUUAUAGCACAAAGGCUAGACUGGCUUGGCAAAUGACUGAAACAAAAAAUUCAAAUUGACCAUAAUGAGGUUUAUAUUCCGGAGUGGUAAGAGGUAAAUUACUUGGCUAUUUUCUACAGUCAAGGGUGGCUCAGAAGUUAAAUGUGUACCCCUUGAGUUUUGGUGUUAUUUUCAUGUUACUCUGAUCAUUGGGUUAUUCUUUUGUAUGUUUCAGCUUUAAUUCUAUUGUCAGUAUUUAACCUAUUUGGGUUAGCUUUUUUCUUGUGCUCUGACCCUGGUAACUAAGGGUAAAUAGUUGUUUAACCUGAGAACGGAAUUUAGCUGUUAAAACAAUUAAUAACCUCUCGAAAAUCAUAAGGUUAUGUUGGUAUGGCUUCCCAGCAAAUCAAACAUUAUCCUCAGUUUUUACUAUUUUUGGCUACAUUAUAGAUACAUCUGAUUGGCGCUCCUUUUACCCCAAAAAUGAUACUUAUUUUAUUUAUCUGUUUUUCAUUUUAGCAUUUUUGACAUCAUUUGGCCAUUGCUAUCCUAUGCAUACACCGAAAAAAAUUUGGAGUGUUUUGCAAUUUGAUGUUGUGCAUUUGUGGACCGCUCAGAGGUCCUGACAGGGGAGGGGGGUGUGGGUCUGUUGUCAAAUGUCUGAAUUUGAUAGUCUUUUAUGUCCCAGUUUGGUCACAACUUCACAAGUCCUAGACUUGUGACAUGCUUAUUAUCACACCUUUGACGUUCAUAUAUUUUACCAAGCUUAAAUUCACAAAUCUUUCUUUAUUUUUCACAUCUGUUGUUAGAGGUGCAAUGUCCUUCUUUUAAAUUGACAGAAAAAUUCCUAUAAUGUGGUUUUUUUUAUUAUGGUUCAAUGCUGGCCUAAGUGUUCUGAUUUUCUAAUAUUGUGGUGUCUGUUGUAAAUUAUAAAGCAAUAAACAAUUGGGCCUCACUGCCGAGUAAGCUCAAGAGACUGAUGCCAAAAGUGAAACAGUUUUCACUUGACCAUUUUGAACCGUAUUAAUUUAGUAUUUUUAUCUUAGUUUAACACAAACUGUAGUCUUUGUUUUUAGCCACAUUUUUAGUAUUAUUUUAAUGUAUAUUAUUUUGCACUUUAUUUUAGAGGACCCUCGUGAAAACCCCCUUUCGGUGCUUGGAGGCCUCCUCUGAAAAUAUCAUUUAUUAUUAUUAUUAUUUUAUUUUUUAUCAUCCUUCUAUUGAUGUUCAUUUUGUUUUUUGGUUAUCAGCUCAACAGAUGAGUCUUUUGUUUGGCGUGGAAAUCAAGGUCCAGGAAGUAUUGGUGAUGAUCAAGAUCUUUCAGAUAAUGAGAGUCAGCUUAGUGGAUCUGCCCUUGUUGAUUCCUGCUUGUGAGUUGGAAAUUCAUUUUGAGCACUGAAAAGCACAGAGCACUGUCCUUUGCACUAAAGGACUUGAGAAAAUGUUUGUUAUUUUAAUAAAAAGUUUGCUCCUGCAAGGCAAAUACAAAACCAACUUUAUCAUCAUAAAUUGGAAAAUCACGUAGAUGAGAAUCAACAGCAAGAAACCUAGGAAAAAAUCUAAGUUACAGACUAAUGAAAACUACAAGGGUACUUUGUAUUUACAAUGUAUUUACAAUAAUAUCAAUGAUUGGAAUGAUUGGAUUUACAAGUUAUGGUGAGAUGAUUUUUCAUACUAACUUUUUUGCCAGUUGGGGAAAUUCUGUCCAAAACAUUAUGUCCAAAACUAUGCCAAUCCAGAAAAAUGCCCUUAAAAUUAAUUAGUUGUCUAAAGUGCCUCAAAUUACCAGCUGGUUUAUUCAGGUCAAGUAUGGAAACAGGCAAAUCUAGAAAAAAUGUCUACCUGUUAAAAUAUUGCUACCACUGAUUGCAUGAGUUUUCAGAGGAAGUGUGCUUUGUGAAUCCCAGUGAAAAUAUUAAUUUGAUAUUGUACAUGUACAUGUAACUCCUGAAUUGAGUGUCAUUGUCCUUGUACAUGUAUUGGAGAAAAUCUGUCUGUUGUCCAUAAAAAUGGCGGAAACUGUCUGGAUCACAAUCCACCUGUAGUAGAGUGCUGGUUAUGGGUGAAAAGAUGCAGUUUCAAACCUUGGCUGAGACAAUGCAAGUAGUUAAGAAGGGUCUUGGUAAGGUUAUCAAGCUUGUCUCAGCCAAAAGGUCUAAAGAUGAUUGCAUCACUGUUAUAGUGGCAUGAAGCAAUAUUGGUCUUGUUUCCUUUCGCUUCCUUCAAAUGAGAUGUCAAAAGACACACCCCUUUUCAAAAAGAAAUUGGCAUUAUUGUGAUGUACAGUGUAGACCUUGUUGCUGUGGUCUGUGUGUUUGUCUCAUGGGUUUGGUGGGAAGAGGCUGAGUUGCACAAUUACAGCAUGGUACUUGUACAUUGUAUAAUAUGAUUAGCCUACUGUUAAAGGGGUAUCUCUCCGAUUGGGACUGUCGGUGGAUUGCACUGGCUCGCAUUUAGAGAGUUUUGAUUACAGAAUUAUCUCAACUUACUCGACAUUAAUUUACAUGUAGGGCUAUGCUAUAAGAACAUGUUUCACAUGAAAUUUAAAGAUUUGCAGUCUUCCUGUAACUGCCUUUGCUCAUUUAUCUCUGUACUGUUUGAUUUGCUCCUUUCGUAUAUCAUCUGGGUAGCUAGGGCAAGGCCGUAUGUGCAUGUUUUUGGUGUACAAUACUAAAUUACUAAGCUAGAAAUGAUUUAAUUACAAGUUGAAAUGUGUGUGUAAGAAAAAGAUGAGCUAAUGAAAGUUACACAGUAUUGUCACAUCAUAUGCAAAAGUUAAGUAUUCGUCCUUGUGAUUUUAUUGUAUGUUUGGUUUAUUCUAUGAACAUUAUACAAAUUACAUGUAAGUAAUGUUUCAGCCAAGGUAUUUUGUUGCAGGUACUUACAUAUAUGACCCGUAUUGGGAUUUAUUAAUGAUGUUUAUAUAAAUGAACACUCUUUUUGCAAGUAAACUUAUAGAAAUUAUAUGGUCCUUGCAUAAUCAUGUUAAUUGUUGUGAACAAUGAGCUUUAUUCCUCAAAAGGUUGAAAAAUUGUAAAUUUUUUUUUAGCUCUUGGGAGAUAGAGAUUGUAAUAUAUUGUUGGUCUAUAAAAUUACAGUUAUGAAUCUCUUGUGUUGCAGACUAUCAACUAUUAUUAAUUCCCGGCAGAAAAAAAAUUAUUAUAGAUGUGUGGUUGAAAUAAACUCCUGCCCUGGCUGGAGUUGACUGUAUUUUGUAUUUUUUUUAUAAGAGGUUUUUUUUUGGAGGUGUUUAAUGUACAUGUAUUCCAUGCAGUAUUUGUUCCAUAUGUAGAACUUUGCAUCAGUUCACUUUAAUAUUUUUAUAAGAAUUUUUAUAACUAACUUAUGAAUGUGGCUGAUCCCUAAUAUGUUGCAAGUCACUUAUAUAAGACAAUAAAUUAGUAAUAAAUUAUGGAGAAAAUCAAUCAAUCAAUCAAUGUCUUCUAUGAGAUGUUUGCUUUUUAGAGGUGGUUAAUAUAUUGUAUGCAGUGUUUGCUCUGUAUGUAGAACUUUGCAUCAGUUUACUUAAAUAUUUUUUAUAAGAAUUUUUAUAACUUGUGAUUGUGGUUGUUCCUUCAUAAUAAUAUACUACAAGUCACUUAUAAAUAAAGACAAUAAAUUAGUGACAAUUGAGAAAAUUAAAUCAAUCAAUCAAUGUCUGUUUGAAAGUAUACCUUAAAGCUUAAAAUUAUACACUGUUAAGCAUUCAAAUCCAAGAAUUUUUUUUCCUCAGUUAUGUUCAAUCACUAGUUUAAGUUUUCUGUUGCUGUUAUUUUCUUGCAUGCAGCACUUACACUAUACACAAUGUUUUAAUUUUACUAAUUAAGGAAUUUUUGUUGAACAUAGACAAUAAAUUAUCUGUGUUAAGUUAUAAUUUGGGCCACGGAGACAUCCAUUGAUCUUAUAAUUAUGCAUAGCAUGUGCAUGUGAUUCUUGGCUGAUUAUUUGUUUUUUACUUUCAGGAAAGUCCUUCAAGAAAGAGGUUUGUCUGACUCAAGGUAUGUCAUGCAAUUCUCAUCAUGGCUAUCCUUAAAAUGUUGAGCAAAAUUGUUAAUUUUGUACGUUUACUCCAUUUGAGAGGACUAAACAGGGGCGUAGCUAGGGGGGGUCCUGGGGUGCCCGUGACCCCCCCUUGGUAGGCCUUCUUUUGAGCAAACGAAAACGCCAUGACAAUAUCUUGGCCGUAAAAGCCAUUUUUGAGAAGCCCACUUUUUAAAAAUUUUUUUUUUGUAAAGUAUUUUCGUCAACGGCUCCUGUCUUUAGUUAAUAUGGGCCUUCAUGCCGCGAUAAUACGACAUGACAAUCUGGUGAGUAGCCUCUGUGACCCCCCCUUUGAAAAAUCCUGGCUACGCCCCUGCUAAAGAUAUUAUGUAUUAAUUAAUAAUGAUGAGCAAAAGUGUCUGGUACCAGUUCACUAUUUCACCAUCGUCUUUAAAGAACACCAAUUUAGAGGUCAAUUUCUAUACUACGGUACAUGCUUGUGAAGAUCAGUGGUUAAUUUACAAAUGAACUAAUGCAACCACUCUGUACUGCCAAAUUAAAUGCUUUACAGUUUCUUUCUAUUUAAAGUAAACAGAGCAAAAAAUUCCAGGAUAGAAAACUUACAUGUAUUAGCAUACAUGUACUCUAACUUUAAUUUAGAUUGCUUUACAGGAAUUAUCUUAGUUUUUAUCAUUUUUAGAGUUGUCAGUUAUGCUCUUUUGUUUUGACUUGACCAUUGAACUACCAAUAAUAAAUAGCAAAAGGUUACUUUACGAUCAGUUCAUGAAACCAGAUUAGUAAUAGAAACUGAUGGCUUCGAAAAACAGUCAAUUUUUUUAAAUAUUUUGUGUACUUACUAACUUACAAUAAAACUUAAGCCGUGACAUAGAUUCACCACCAACUACAUUAAUUUUUGUAACAAGUUUGACCCGGCGAUGAAGUUUCUCGUGACAAUGUUCUCACCUUUCUAUUGGCAAUUCUGGGUCAUUGCAUAUACCUACACUGUAGCAAUUUUACAUCUUAAAGUGACAGAAUACAUGUACAGUCUAUUAUAGCCUUACUUUCUGGUGGAAAUGGCUUGAAGAAACCGCCACUGUUUUUGGACGACAACAUGCUUUUAAAUCUGAGGGCAUUUUCACAAGAUACAUAGAAAUCUGUAUUAUUAAUGUUGAGCUAUAAACAUGUUUGCUGUCACGUAUUUCUAUGUUAUAUGAAGCUCUUUAUGUUUCAUUUUUUAUGUUAUAGGGAUGAUCAAGAACCAUUCUAUGACAGGAGUUUAGUUAACGGCAAAAGUGCACUAUCUGGAAUCCGCUCCAAUGCACUCAUGAAUCAAAACUGGGAAAAAGAUCUAAUGGAAGCAGGUGCUGCUGCAUGACGCAAAUUCAAUAUAUACAUGAGGAUGUUACAUGGCUGCAUGUGUGGAGAUACAAAAUUUCUCUUCGAGUGUUAAAAAAAUAAUAUUUUACAAGAGAAUUUAUGAGAAAUUUCUAAUCUCCAAGCAUCCAUGUUAUGUUCCAGUUAUUAUAUAGACACCAAAUAAGUACUAAACCACUUAACUUUAACAAAUUAAUACCUUUUUAUGCUGUGAAAGGUGCCAUUUAUAUUACAUGUUUGUGGCCAUAGCAACAGCAAUCUUUUCACAUGUGAAUUUAAUAUGUUAUUUUCAAAAGCUCACCUGGUUUUUCAUUGGUGUUUGUAUUUAACAGAUUUAGUAGGUUAAUCUCUCAGUUUUCAGCCUUUUAUGUUAUUAUUGAUAAAUAUUGCUAUUUAUUGAUAUAUACAUGUACAUGUACAUUGUACAUUUAUCUUAUAUUUCACUCAGUUAAAUUUGAUCCUCAGGAAAAGUUUAUAAUUAUUAAUUCUUAUCUUAAAGUACAUGUAUAGUGUGGUUUUUACAGCAUUAUUGACAUGUCUACUUGAGGAGUAAACAACAUUUUUCUUUGUAACAGACCUGACACCUGGGCAAACAGUAAAGAAGGUUGUAACAAGAACAGAAGUCCGCACAUUAAGGACAGUAGAUGGUAAAGUUGUGCAAGAUACAUAUGACCCUGGUAGUGCUCAAACAACAAUCGAACGGUACACAUUUGACAACAGAGCUGUCAAUGGAAAUGCUCCAAGAACUGUAACAAAACAAUAUAUUCCUGGAGAUGAGUAUCGAUCAGGACGACACGGCCCAGGAUCUCAAUCUUCUGUUGAAGAUUACAAACGACCAUACAGUCCUGGUAGUCAAAGUGGUCCAGGUUCUGAUGGUAGACAGACACCAACUAAUGUUUCAUCUGGACACUUGUCAGAUGGAUAUCAUACACCCACAGGUAACAAAGUCUUACACUUUCAAUUUCAUGCUAUUGUGACACCCUUAUUACAAUGUUCCAACUUUUAAAGUGUGGCUUUCCUACAGUAUGAUAUCUAGUCAGAACUAACGGGGGAUGUAAACGAAAAACAGUUACAACAGAUAAGUCAUCUUUUACCCUGAAACCACAAAUCGUAUAUAAUCAUAUGAUUUUGCAAUUCCUAUGUGUUGAAAAAAAUUACUGAUCAUUUAUGUAACGGUAUGAUAGUGUCCACUGCAGCUGUACUAGUGAAAUAGAAUGCAAGUUAACAUGCAGUGCAACCAGAAUCUGUUGCCAUAAAGUAUAUAUUAAUAAUUUUUUUAUCCCAAAUGUAAUGGAUUUUUAUUUCCUACGUAAGUACUGUAUAUGAAUGGUUCUUUUCAGGUUCACGCCAUUCAUCUCAGUCUAGUUCUGUUAGUACUAAAGCUUAUCGCAACACAAGCCAAUCUUUACCUCGCACAUCCUUAUCUGGGGGAACACCAUCAUCAUCAUCCACCAUUCCACGAUCAUCUAGCGCAUCUGGGCGGCAAAGCAGUAAGUUCCAACGUUACUACAUACAGCUCACUUAAACAUCAAUCUCGUUUUUGUUGAGAAUCUUAAUUGUCAUGACUCAUGAACACUUUCUUUUAGAUUUGCUUGUGGAGAGGUAUAUAUAGUUUUAACUUUACAGUUUGCAGGUGAAUCUGUUUUUUCUUUGUUUCUGCUGAAUUAUGGUCAAGUUCUUGUGAUUCUAAUGGAAGCCACAUCAUUUAAAUCAAAAACUUGACAGUGAGGCUUAAUUGACCCCAACAAUGUGCAAAUAAAUUAAAUUACUGUUUUGCUUUUUUUUUUUCCAUUUAAGGUCAGGACUUACCUGUACCUUUUUUCACUUUUUCCCAUCACAUUUUUUUAUAUAAGUGUUCUUGAAACAAAUCCAAUUUAUGCGAGCUAAAUCUUUAAAUUGAUUUUACUGAUUUUGCCUCAGGAUAUUUAAAAGUGCCAAGACUGAAUUUUGAAUAAUUAUGCAAUCACAAUAAUUAAUUUAAAUAAAAUAACCAUAUUUCAUGGAGUGCAUGUAAAUUCAUUGUGGGUAAUUUCAUCUGAAAGUGUCUUUGGUUUUUGAUUAUUUAUCAGUAUACACUAAAAACCUGUGUCCAACAGUGUCUGGUUUUUUGUAACCACCAUUGACAUGCUUAUUUCAUGAAAGGCCUGUGGUUGAAUAUGCUACAAUCAAAAAUUAAAAGGUUAAAGCCCUAAUAUGCUCAAAUAAAUUGAUUAAUAAAAGAAAUGUUUCCCAUGUGGGAUGUAAGUAUUGCUUUCAUUUCUUACCAUAAUUGUCAGUUCUUUGUCAAACCAGGUGUAAAGGAAAAUGAAAGGUAUUUAGUUUUUGAUCUUGUCUAUGACUUUCUUUGAAUAAUUAAUGAUAAAAAGGAAAUUGUGUUGGAAUUUGAAUUUGUACAAGAUGGACAUGUGGAAUGCCCAAUCUUUGUUUAUGAGAUUUUUUCCUUUGGUUUUACCAGAUGAAAAACCAAAAGGUAUUUAAUAUUUCAAUGUUUUAUGAUGUUCCUUUGGUAAAAGAUACAGUUGGUGUAUCAGGGUGCUUUUCAGUCAUAAUUUUUAUAGGAUUACACAGACAUGUGACAACCGACCUGUUGGUCUAUACUUGGUUUUAUAUUCUGAUGUUAAUCUUCUGAUCUCUCGAGUGUUUAUAUUUCAUUUUGUUUCACUGAAGGGCAAUCUUAAAACAGCAACUUAAAAGCUUUCCCAUCAAACUUAAAAAAAAAAUUAUAAAAUGCUAAAUUGCAACUAAAUUUUUGCUUGCCUUUGUUUGUACUAUAAUCAAAAUACCACUGACAUUAUUACCAUUUUUUACAUUUAUUCUUGUGAUGUUAAUUUUAUUACACACACUGUUGUCUUGUGGCUGUGAAAGUUGAAAUAUGCUGCCUUGUAUGUAGGUGUAGAAAUUUGUCAAAUUUCAUCUGUAGAAAUUUGGAACUGUUAAUUCAAUUGUGAACUAACACAAGACAGGUGCUGUCGAGAAGAGAAGGAAAUUCUCAUUUUUACUCCAUGUGACUGAGUGUGACCUUAAAAGUUUCCUGCAUAUAACUUAAAGUAUGUUGUAUGUAUUUUAGGUGUUCCUUUAAGGUCUCCACUUAAUUAUUGAGUUACAUUUACUGUAGGGUAUACACUGCAUAGUAUUUUUAUUGUUAUUACUAUGGUUGGGGCAAAUGUCAUUCAAACAAGUGAUGUAUAUAUCACAAGCCUUUCAUUUUCAUUACUUUGUCACAUCAUAGCAAUACCAAGCAUUUGUAUCUACAGACUGAGUGAAAUGUACUGUGAUGUGAAUCUAAAUGAUCAAAGCUUGGAAGUGGAAUAUCAACCUCUUGUUCCUUUUAAAUGUACAAAGUGUACAUCAUCACAUUUUUUUUUGUAACUGAUGAUAUGAUAUGAUGUAUACUUGUAGUGCACUAUUGUAGCAAACGGUUUCGGGUGUGGCAAUAACAUGCUUUCUGAGUGGACUAAACUAUUUUUUUGAUUUUACAUAUGUAAAUCUGAACUUUAAGAUUUAUGCAGUUCAGUAAAUUUGUCCUGUUAGUUUUAAAAUCUAUUAGUAGAUUUAAGUGUCGAUAUUAUACAAAGUAAAUGUAUAUAACUGUAGUAAAAGGGCAAAAUAUUUAGGCACAGCAAUGAAAUAAUUUUCAAAGAGGCACUAAAGCAUAAAGAUAAUAACAAAAAUGAAAAAUUAUUUCAAAUAUAUUAACUUGGUCGUUACAUUUGCAUUUAAUCAGCUUUGAACGUAUCAUUUUUUUAUUGUUAUUUUUUCAGCUACUUAUAAUCUCAGUAUAAAGGUGGGCGAUGUUAAAGGUUCAGGGACAGAUGGCAAUGUUUACAUCCAGCUUUUUGGUGAGCGUGGUAACACAGCAAAGAUUCAGCUCAGGCAGGCAGGUGACACCAGAAAUAAGUUUGAGAAAGGAAGGACGUACAAAUUUACUGUGGACACUGUUGACAUUGGCAAGGUACACUUAUUUGUUUCUUAUUUUAUCACUUAAAUACAAAUAUGAUGAACUAAAUGUUUAUUAUUUUGUAUUUUGCUGCUAACAUUCUAGGUGAUAGUGUGUAAUUUUAUUUAAAGCUACCGUUACAUUGAUAUAUUUUUUAUUUACAGUCAAAUAAUUUAUAUUAUUUUUGUGUCUUGAUAAUGGGAAAAAUAUAUCAAAGUAAUAUACCUUUCUGUAAUAAAAUUUUAUGUUUUAGGUUAUGUGUACGAUAUAUCCAGCCUGUUGUUGUAUUUAUCUUUUCAGUUGUUGUAAUAGCUGCCUGUAAACAAAGUAUGUAUGUUGUUGUUGCUGUGUAGUGGUGUAAUGAUUAAUCAAAUUCUCGAUUAAUCUCGAUUAUGAACCGUUCUGUUCGAUUCACGAUUCUUUGCUUCCACGUUUCGAUUUUGCUUUGAUUUUUGCAUACCUUUUCCAGGGUGCCCUCAGUGAGUUAUUAUAUUGUAAAAUCAGAAUCCAGAACUCUUUAAAAUGUGAGUUUUUGAUUGACAAGCAAAGACGAUAGCAGUUCGUGCGUCAUGUUGUGUUGCCUAGUAAAAUGCUGUCCUUCAACCACCCCUUGAGAAUUUCCAAGUAAGGUAAACCAUCUUUGUGUGGUUCUCAAACAUGGCAACGAACCAAGCAACUGUGAAUCCUCCUGUCCCUGUUACUAUUCUCAAAUUGAGGGUUUAGGGUUGCAUGUUGUUAAUGUUACACGUUAUGGUAUAACAAUUCAGAAAAAUUUACAUAAUCGAAUCGAAAUCAAAAGACAAUAAUUGAAAUCGAAUUGAAUCACAAGGAAUAUGAAUCGUUACACCCCUAUUGCUGUGUCAUGUCCCUUUGACCCAAAUAUACAUUUGCAAGACUCUCAGUCACACAAACAGAUCCCUUGAGGGGGUUAAUGAGAUUCUGCUGCAUCAUUCAAUUUUUCUUUCGAAUUUUCAGGUUGACAGAAUCAAGCUGAGUCAUGAUCACACCGGUUAUGGCUCUGGGUUUUUUGUGGAGGAAGUUGAAGUGGAGGUUCCUGCACGCCAAGAUCGAGUCAAGUUUCCUUGCCGUUGCUGGCUUGCGCAAGAUGUUGAUGAUGGUAAAAUCGAGAGGGAGAUGUUUGCAGUCACUCCUUUACCAAGUAAGCUCAUAAUAAAUGAAAAAAAAAUGGAAGCCCUUGUUAGAGAAUGAAUUUAAUGUGUUACAUGUAUCAUAGUUUAUCAUGUUGAGGCAAAUAACUGCAAAUCUUAUUUAUGCCUUUCUACAUGUACAUUUAGCUAGUAAAUCCCAACACUGUUAAAGUUCUCUGUGUCAAAUAAGAGAGCCACUAUUUAAACUUUAACGAAAACUCUGUAUUUAUGCAUUCCCAUUAUAGACAAUUGAUGCAUAAACUGUACAUGCACAUGACCUUCCUUUUGUCUUCAAACUCCCAUAAGUAGUUCCAUUAGAUAAAAAGCAUAUUUUUUUGCAAACAGUUCAGUCAGAAUAGAGUAUCCACCCAUAGACAAGCAGGAUAGUUUGAUGCGUGUGAUUAAGGGUUUUGGCGUAGCUACUACAACACUGUAUAUCAUUAGCAUGAAACAAAACAAGUCCUGGAAUGCACUUAUCAAUCGUGGUGCUACAACCAGUUGCAAAAAUGUUGACACGUUCCGACGAGAAAAUGACCUGUCUUGCUUCAAAUCGCUGCUAGUCACAGGUCUUUUAGUAUAAUACUGACCUCCCUCCUCCCUCCCAUUCAAAGUUGUUCCUCCAAGUCUUGAGCAUGGUCUUGUAUUGCUAGCAACUUUGAUAACGGGUGGAGGGGGGAUCGCAAGCACAAGAUCAUGAACAGGCCAUUUAAGCCAAAAUAUGGUACAUUGUCUCAAGUGCAUUGUACUUUUGCAACUGGUUGUAGUUUCUAAAGUAUGUACAUUGUAAUUUAUUAUUUAUUUCUUUGUUAACAGUACUGUCUAGUUUUUGUUUUUUAUUAAAUGUUAAUUGUUUCAUUUCAGACACCUCCUACACAAUGUCAGUCAAACUAGGCGAGGUUCUGAGCCCAGACACUAAUCUUUAUGUUCAGUUGUUUGGAGAAGAAGGAGAGACGAGCAAAAUCAUGCUGCGACCUGUGGGGUCAUCACUUAAUAAAUUUGAGAAAGGCAGAACUUACAAGUUUACUGUUGAGACUGUAAAUAUUGGAAAGGUGAGUACUGAAAACACCAGCUCAGCCCUCCAGCUUCAUUGUAAUGUACCAGUCAAUCAGUUGAACAGUCAGUCACACACACUAUUAGGCAGGCGCACUGUAAGUUGGUCGGUCAGUCAAUUAAAAAGACAGUUACCGGUUGCAGUCAGUCAGUUGUCAGUCAGUUGGUCUGUCAGUCUAUCAGCCAGUUAGAACAGUCAGAAAGAGUAAGUUGGGCACUGACCAAUCAGUCAGCAAUUAGGUCAGCAUGUUAGUUACAAAGCAGUUGAUCUGUAGGUUGCAAAAAUUUAGUUUUAUUAACUGAGUUGGUCAAGUUGAUUUGCCAUUGUUAAAAGAUUCAAAAGGCGGACAUUUCAAGCGCUAGCCCUUUUUAAGAGCAAAAUGAUUGAUGCACACCACAGUUUCUUUUCAAACUAUCCACUUCAGUCAAUCAUACAGUCAGCCAGGAAUUUUAAGUCUCUCAGUCAUGCAGUUUUUGUCAAAUUUCAUUUUGAUCCUUGUCACCGCUUUAACAGGCAUUUAAAGAUGAAAAAACAAAAUUCUGCGUUUUCAAAAUACUUUUUAAAAAACAUGAAUAUCAUGGUUUGACUCUUUUAAAUACUUAGUCCCAUUUUAUUCGAUCAUCUCUAAUAGCGGUGUUUUGUUGUUAUGUUUUAGAUUGACAGUGUGACAAAAUUAACAUAGCUGAUUAUUCGUUUCAGUACUUUUCGUAUCCCAUUUAUUCAACUAAUAGUAAUGGCGAUGUUUUGUUGUCAUGUUCUAGAUUGACAGACUGCAAGAUUGGCCGCCCAAGUUAGUGCAAGGGUGAUGGGAAGGUAAUAUAUCAUUUGUAGAGGAGUGUUUCAUCACCAGAUCCUGCGAGAAGAGAGUUGAAAAGAUCGCACCAUUUUCCCUUGCUACUGCUGGCUGGUUGAUCUGGUGAUGAGGAGACAGUAAAUUCUUCUCAAACAAAAUCAUUUUUGAAGGAGAUUCUCCCAGGACAACCAAGACCGCCACGCCCAUUAAACAUUAAUUUCCUUUGUAUUUUCUUAAUGAAUUAUUAAUGGGUGUGAGAAGGCUGUGCCACACCUGGCUAGUUCGUUUUGUCAAUAUUGUGUAUAUUUGUCAACAGGUGUUUCGCAAGGGACCUUCCUAUAAGCGCAGACAUCGCAUGAAAAUGGCAGAAUUAGAUCUUCUUGUUCAGCAAAAUAUUAAUAUGCCUCCUAAUCAGUAUGUUACAAACCAAACAACGAAAUGAACAGUUACUUUGAAAAGCAAUUUCGUGACACAUUUCUUUAACUGUUCCCUUCCUUGUGGGGUAUCAGUAAGUCUUGAAGUAGUAGUCGAAGCAAGUAUGGUUGAUUAAGACUCUUCUGAUCUGAUUGACAUUCUUCCACAGUUGGUUCCUCUGUGUGUUUAGGUUUCGUUCUUUGUGAGAGAACUUAAUUUCUUGCCUCUUCUGCAAGCUCCGCCGGCAAUAAAACAUUUAUUCAUGAACAAGGCAAAAAUAUACAGCUUUGGGUUACCCUGGCAUUUUAUUUAAAUGAACCAUUCAUACAUAGUGGAAGGAAAUAGGGUUUUUGCGAAGUGAAGGUCCUUGUCAUAGAAAACAACUGGGUGCGAGACAUAAGGGGUUUAACAAUGUACUAGUAUAGGAAAUGAAAAAUGGGUGCGGCUUCCACUUUAACUCUUAAGCCAGCAGUUCUGAAACCAAAAAAAUUAAAAACUACGCACGCGUACAUAUACUAAAUCCUGAUGCCUAACUGGCUUAAACCUUAAUACAACACUCCACAGCACGCACUAAUGCUUUGUUUCGACUUCUGAAAGACAUACUUUCACACCAAAGUUUUCAAGAGUCAUUACAUUAAACGUUUUAUUAUAUAUUUUUUGUAUGCAGAUACUUCUUAUCAUUUAGCAGUGAAGACGGGUGAGAUGUUUACAGCUGGCACAGAUGCUAAUGUAUAUUUCCAGCUGAUUGGGAGUGAAGGGGAAACAGAGAAGAUUCAACUGAGGCAGGGCGGUAAAGCUGAAAAAAGAUUCGAGAAAGGGAGACUUGAUAAAUUUAUUGUGGAAACUGUUGAUGUUGGCACGGUACGUUUGUCUCAUUAUCAGUUUUUGAGGUUUUCAUCUUUGGCUUAGAUUGACAAGUUAAUCGUUACUAAAACUGCAUAUUUUGGACUUAACUAGUUUAUUUCUACGGAAAAAUGAUCCUCCGCUGAGUGACAAAAUGAAAAAAUAGGGUUGUUUAAAGCAGAAUUCGGACUUACUUUUCCAAAAGAGUUGAAACAAUUAUUUGACAAAUAAUGCAAAUUGAAUUUAAUUUGUUGACUAUUUACAAGUGUGAACUCGUAACGUCCGAGAACAAAUCCAGCAAGGGGACUCGAACCCAGGACCCCUGCCGACGCUGGAUCAUGCCUCCUCAAAUUGUUGAGGUUAUAAUUAUUUUGAAGACUUGAUCGAACUAAAGUGGCAGUGUUGUCCCUGUAAAAUGUGAAAUAAGCGGGAGAAUUUAAUUCUGACUGUCGAUCUGCUGGAUACCGCACAAAACUCCAACAAUCCAUCAUGCACUUUUUAACGACUCUAAAUAGAAUUUUGUUACGGUUUGUCGGGUGGAAGCUUCUCACUUGUCUUUCGGCUUUGCCUUACAUUUUACCGGUCUGUUAGCGAGGUAAUGAUUAUAUCAACCUUAAGUCGAUAACCAAUCGAUAACCAAUCUGUGGUAAAAGCAUUCUUUAACUGCAUUUUAGCCUACCACCAAUACAAAACAGACAGAAUCUAUAUGUAGCUUUUGUCUUCCGAGUGAAGCUGGCUUACUGUUAAAUUCUGAGCCAAAGCAGCGCAAGAACUAUGGUACUUGCCCAUUACAUUGGAAAGCAGAAAUUCCCGUGUAGAAAACUUCAAACAUAUGCGCGGUGAUUCGAGGCGAUGCAAUUUUUGUACUCUUUCAAGUCUGUCCAGCUGAUUUCGAUAUACUUGUAGCGGUGGAUCGUUUUCCCACCACGUCAAAUUUAAUAAUUUCACGUUAAUGCACGAUAUUUUAAACCGGAUGGUGGUAAGCACCCCUAGCUUAGGAUAAAUGCCUUGUUAACGUGAAGAAUAAAGCUCAGUGGUGCCGACCUCGCUGUGGUUCAUCGUAACACCAUCUUACUUUUCUAACCAUACAGGUCCAGAAGCUUCGUAUCGGACAUGACAAUAAUGGCUCUGCCCCAGGAUGGUUUCUUGAGGAAGUUGCUGUAGAUGUACCAGCACACAAUCAACAUUUUGUCUUCCCUUGUCACCGAUGGCUUGCCAGAAACGAAGAUGAUGGAAAAAUAGAGAGAGACCUGCUACCAGGUAUGUGUUGCUGACAAACGAAAUUACAUUAUUGGCGUUGUAAAGUUUAGUUAAACAGUACGAAGAAUUCAAAGAGUCUUAACCCUUUAAGGCCCAAUGGUGACCAACAUCAAUUUUCUCCCAACAAUAUCCACAGAUUGUCAAGAGGCCAGGUUAUGAGAAUUAAAAAAAUUAUUACCAAAUUGAAAAUGCCUUGAUAUUUUAUCAGAUUCUCUCAAUUAAUUCUUUACGGAAAUGUAUCAAAAUCAGUUUGGAGAAUUUUUGUGUGGAUAUUAGGGCUUAAAGGAGUGAAUGUUUGUGUUAAUUAUUCAUUCAAAAUAUUCUCCCUUUUUGGUUUGGCUUUAAUCCGCUGAAUUAUUCUUUAUGACCAGCUGGCAAUGACCAAAUUUGGAAAACGCUUAGAUCAUACCAACAUUAACGUCAGUCACUCCCUGAGACGUCAAUGAUUGUAUUAAGUAUAUUUAGCAAUUAUUGAAUGAGGCUGAGUAUGAUGUGAAGAAUUAUGCAGAUCUGCAUAAUUCUUCACAUCCUACGAAAGCCGAAUUAAAUAAUUGUUUUAUUAUUCAUUCAAAAUAUUUUUAAGUUCUCAACAAGCUUACCUUCUCGUAGACUUUCUUCAAAACUUUGACCUAUUUUUCGGCAAGGUUUCGGGAUAUAAACAGCUGUUUUUUUCUUCAGGUACUCCUCAAAAACUAGAUAACAUCCAUCUUAGUUCACUCCGAAAUAAACAGCUAGGCGGCCGCGCCUGGAAACGAGGCUGAUUGGUGGUAUAUCAUAGUUUAAACCAUCGAAAUUUGGAGUGAAUGGGCUGCAUGUGCGUACUUACCACUGUUCCUCUUUGUAUGUAGGUGUCCCUGUUUCAUCUGACACAAGAUCCCCAUCCAAAACCACGACCACAACUACCACUGAGACAACAACUAAAUUAGAGAGUCGGAACGUUCCACCACCAGUUGCUAAGAAACCUGUCAUGGACGAAAGCCGGUACAGUACACCCACAAAGAAGGUGAUAACAGAGGAAUUGAGGUACACUGCUGUUUCACCUCCUCAGAAAUCAGUGAUUGAGGAAGUGCGUUACACUACAUCUCCUUCAAAGAAGACUGUCAUUCAAGAGGAGUAUAGGUGAGUGGUGAAAACAUAAAAGGUCAAGGGUCCUUCCUUUACUUCGGUAACUUGUAACAAUACUCAUUAGACUGACAAACCUGAGACCGACAGUACACUCUUUUUACCCUCCCCUCCCUCUCUCCAUCAGUGUCUAAAUAGAGUGCAAGUAGUCUACUAAGAGCAAAUUCCAUGGGGCAUUUGUGAUACCCUGAUAUCUGUUAAGCAAAAAAGGGGGGGAGCUUCUCGUAGCGUAGUGCCAAAAUGUUUGUUGUACUCUUAAGUAGGGGUGUUAAAUGUUUUUAGAAGAGAAGCCAAUGCAAAAUCUACUAGAAACCAGUCAUGGUGUCUCAUUUUGAAGGUGCAUGAUUGCUAUUUGCAAAUGAUACCAAACCAUAUUAAGCCACAUUUAAUUCAGUCUCGUGUGCGACAUUGCAGAACGCGAGUAGAUGAAAUACAUUGGUUCUAGGGUUAUAUUCUGUUGGGAACUUAGAGUUUGAAGAUUCUAAUAAUAGCGAAUGUAGAAGUUUUAAUAAUAUUUUCAGUAUUCAUGUUUUAACAAUCAUUAAAGGUUUUUGUCAUCUUUUCAAAUGUUAGAUACACCACCUCACGAAAAGAGCCAGCCCCUGCUCCGCCGCAGAGAAAAAUAUUUGAAGAGCGAAUGGUAAUGAAAGAGACUCCCCCUCCUGCUGAAGAGGCGCCACCCCUAAGGCCUCUGGAGCCUAAACAGCGAAUCACACAAGAGGAACUAACUAUUGAAGAAGUUCGUAGGCAGCCAUACUCCGUACCACCUCCAAAGAAUGAAUACCAUUACCAUGAAGAGGUCCUUCCACCACCUGACGAGUAUCAUUUUGAGGAGAAAAGAACUGAUUUGUUAGCAUCGGCGCCAGAUUCUAUGGAUACCAGGAAGAGUAGGUUGCUUGUAAUGCCUUGGUUGAAUGUUUGGGUGCCUUUUGGCCUGGUGAAAAGGUUUCUGCAGAGCCGCGAGUCUUAAACUUAACUGGUCCCUAUUCUUCUCGUAUCUUGACAGCCAAAACAGUCAACAAAAGCAUGUGAGGGUGAAGCAGCCCCGAUUAUUCGCGUGAACUGCGCAGUCUAGUUUUCUGAAAACCCUGGGAUUGAAAGCAACUGACUGUUCUUAUCUUAUUUCCCAGGUCGUGCCACGAUAGAUGGUUUGAUUUUAGUCGUGGGGUCACGUAAUUUUCAGCGAACAGUAUCACUUGAUCUCUCAUCUCUGAUAGAAAGUUUACUUUCAAUGUGUUUUGGAGUCAAAAUACCAUGUUUAAUUAAGAGAUCACUGCUUAGAGUGAUAUUGGUGUUUUUUUCUUGUGUGUACAUUUUACGAUGACCAAUUACAUGAACAUUACUGCAACUUAUUAAACACAAGAUAAUGAAGACUUGCAGUUGUUCUAAAACGAAACAUUUCGUUGCAGUUGUCGCAUAUCAACUUUGCCUUAAAAUGGGAGACGUGCUUGGAGACGGAACUGAAGGAAAUGUUUUCAUCCAGCUCUUUGGUGACAAAGGAAUGACUGAACAAAUACAACUGAGGCAAGCGGGAAAUUCCAAAAUACGCUUCGAGAAAGGAAGAACCUACAAGUUCACUGUUGAAACAGUCGAUAUUGGCAAGGUAAGGUUACUCUGAUUCUUGCUGUAGAUUACAGUGUAGUUCUCCUGCGUUAAGAAUGUGGUUUGCCGUUUAGAAUUCUGUCAUAGAAAACAGUGAUGUGUUUUUUUUUUGCCUGCAGCUUUGCUAGCAGGCUCUUCAUUCGGGAGAAUCGCAGCGACACCCAACGUCAAUUUUCGGAAAAUAUCUGUUUGGAAGACGAUUUGAGAUCUAGAAUUUUCGGAACAUUUUUUGUAAAAUUUCUUGCUUGCCUACCUCUCCUAGGAUUUUCGAACAUCCACAAAUUGGCAUAAUUGACCAUUUUUAAUGGAUUUUUACCCUAAAAAGCUCACCUAGAAUUUUCGGGAGGCUUUUUUCUGGCUGAAAUUUUCGAAAAGUUAAGUUUUAAUUCCUAGAAUUUUCGGAUCUCUAGACUUUCAGCUAGGAAAUCCAAACAGAUGAAAAAUUUUUAGGGGAUAAAAAUAUGCACGCGUCCCACAAACGGCACAGCUGAUUAUUAACUUCAAUAAAAAUCAAAUCGACUGAACGUUGAAUGUGUAGCAAACAUCGAUGUAGCCUUUGACCUAGCUCUCCAGCGGAAGACCGAGAGUUGACCGAUUCCAGGGGCACCCAACGAGAAUAUAGUUCAAAACCACCUAAACAUAGCGUUGUUAAACCUAUUUUAGUAUUUGAACGGUAGAUAUAGGCGGUACAUGAAGAUUUAAUAACUGGCGUACUUUGCCUCUCGUGUCUUUGUAGCUCUGUGAUCAAAAUGCUGGACCGUUCAGUAGAGCCUUAUUCAAUUUCUCGGUUUUAUUCCAUUCUGUCACUUGGAUUCAUGUUGAUUUAUAUUGAGCGUCAGAAAAAAAAAACCAAAGCAGUUACUCAGCUAAUUUCAACACGUACAAACAAUCAAAUGAGCCAAUCACAGAUGACGCGGACGCCAAGCAUGGGGAAUCUCCUGAGUGAGUCUAUUGAUUUUGGAUAAAAAAAUUAGCGCGAGAUUUUUCAGCUUAAAGCUUUGCACACUCAAAGCUUAGCAGUGCAAUACCAAGGUACAAACUGUAGCUACGCUCAGUUGAAAACCUCGAAAGGAGCAUCCCCUCAGCUGAAAGUGCAAACCACAACCAGUUCUCCUGUAUGUUCAUUGUGACACGCCACUCGUUUUCCGUUUAUUUCAGAUUGAAAAGAUAAGCGUAAGUCACGACAGUCGUCACACCAACUCAGGCUGGUACUUAGAGGAAGUAACGGUUGAUGUACCGUCACGCGGUGACCACACUGUGUUCCCUUCGCAUUGUUGGUUGGCUUCUGAGAGAGGUGACGGCAGAAUUGUGCGGGACUUUACCUCAAGACCUUGUGAGUACUAGUGUGAUAUCAUCAAAUGACGAUAGUCUAUUCUCAUUAACGUCACCUCAGCUGUUGUCGAACUGACGUCAAUCACUGAUAACAAAAAGUCUUUUUGUGAUGGGACUUUUGGCUUAGAACGGUUUGCCAUUGUAGCUUACAAACGAAAGCAUACAAAUGACAUUUGUAUUCCUCGUAGUGUUGUUUCAGUUUCGUAAGGUCAUGUCUAAAGAAGCCUGAAUGUAACUCAUCAUCCCCACGCAUGGUACUUGUAAUUCUGUCAUUUCGUACUCAGUGUCGGUUGAUUAGCUUCCAAUUUCUAGUCGAUCAGUACCCAGAUAUAAAGCCUUUUGAGAAGUGUAGCAGUAACAGGGUACGGCAACCGCGCAGGGGGAGUGGGGAGGGGCACUCAAUGCAAGUUUAGGUAGAGAUGUGCCGCCGAGGCCGGCUUCAAACUCUGACCCUCUUCACGACAAAAACUGCUCAUUUCGAUAUCCUGUUUAAAAACUUAUUUCAUGACCCUGAUACAUUUUGUUCAGCCAUUUUUUGGGCUACUGUCAUUUAAUGUGUUUUUUUUAGGAAAAAAAUUCUCGGUACUACACAUGUACACCACUUAUCGCCAACUUUCACACUCUUUUGAAGGCUUUCGGUCCAAAAAGACACCCGUUGAAGACCCUUAAUAGUGAAAUUGUAUUCCAUGGUUAAGAUCCAGGGCCCUGAAAACCAUACCCUGUUCAGCGGCACAUAGCCGUUUGGGCCAAGUAAUGGAGUUCCCCAAGGGUACGGAACAACUAACUGUAUUUGGUAGGGUUGUUGGAAUUGGUAGUUUUAAUCUUUUGCAAUCGGCUCCUGGUGUAGGUCUCUAUCACUUGGCCAUCAAGACAGGAGAUGAAAGAAGCGCAGGUACAGAUGCAAACGUUUGGGUUCAAGUCUACGGUGAUAAAGGCGACACGGGACAUGUGCAGCUCAAGAAAUCAGGAAUGGUGGAGAACUUGUUUGAACGUGGUCAGACUGAUUAUUUCACUUUAGAAGCUGGUGAUGUUGGAAAGGUCAGUUUUGAUAUCAGUUUGUUUUGUUUGAUAAGUGCUGUGCAACUGCGAAAAACUAAAUUAAUUAUCAUUUGGCGAAAUAAAGGAGAGAGAAGUUAUGUGAGCGGCGUCAGGCAAGGGAGACGUUUUUUGCGAAAUUGCGUAAGAAUUAAGUUACUUGAUAUAUAAAUGCUAGGUAGUCUUUACACACAUGAAACGCGACCAUUGUUGUCGGGAGACUUAGAAGGCCAGGGUAUGAGAAAGUUAAAAUGGGCUUCAAGAUACACCGUUUUUGUCUACACGGACAGGCAAGAAUGUUUGUUACUUAGUUAAUAUGAAAGGGAACCAUGAUUUCCUAGUUGUGAUAGGGUAUCAUCGUUCUACGGUAAGCUACAGUCGGCGACAAAAUUGUUGAGACAUUGUACUUAAAUAGCAUAACUUCAGAGGUAAAGGUAGCUCGAACAUCGGCACAACAUUUUAUGGAGGGGAUGGGGGAGAAAAAGCUAUAUUUUCCUCUUUUGAAGCUAGGAAAACAUCAAAAAGCCCCUUUAGGGCGAAGUGUUUGUAGCAUUCGGGGUAAGAAGUACCCUGCGCGGGCCUAAACAAACCAACUAUGCGACGGACAAGCGGCGCGAACGACUUACCAAACGCCAAAAGCCAUGCAAACGAGAAACCUGCUCGCAAGGUAGGUAAGAAGCAACCUCCCCGUAUUAAUCACGGCUACGGGUACGAGUAAUCUAACUUUAAAGGGUAUACAGAAACGGUGUAUUUUAGGUCCAACAACUGCAUCAGCAACAACAAUUUAUUUUCCUUACUUUAAUUCUUCCUUUUGACAGAACUGCACGGAGCCGUAGUUAGUUCGUGCUUAUCUUGGGGGGUCGCUCCAUUAAAUUGUAAAGAAUAGUUUUAUUAUUUUAAACUCCUCGUCCGCGCGUUUUCAAUUCGUUAAACUGGAUUUAUUUGCAGAUUGAGAAGCUUCGCGUCGGCCAUGAUGGGCGUGGUCCUGCUGCUGACUGGUACGUUGAGGAAGUGAUACUAAACAGCGCUGUCCGUGGAGAGCAUCUCAUCUUUCCGUGUCAUGCUUGGGUAGCGGAGGAACAUGGCGCGGGAUCUGCAGACAAAGAACUUUAUCCGAAACAGCCAGGUAAGAACGUUACUGAUUUACAAAGUCAAAUAAUCAGCUGGCGAGUGCACCAAAUGUGUAGAUUGCGAGCACUCUUAUUUUUCUUUGAAAAAUUUCUCCACGCGUAACCCAUGUUGUAACGUCGUUGUCAGCAAUCGCGCUGGCUGAGAUGAGAACUUGACGGAUUUUAAGAGAGAAGGCGGACUGCAAACAGUCAACGUUACAUAUGUAUAUGAAAAGCCCUAUAAGAAACAGCCUUCCUGCAUCUGAAAAUUGGUCUGAGCACCGUAACAGCCAACCUUUCACAUAACCAAUACACCUUGCAGUCUAGCUGGUUUUAUGUAUAGAGGGUUUUCAGUCACGUUGCCAGCGGCUAUGCAAAUUUAUUGGAACAUAAGAAAGCGUUUCCAUAAGAAAAGGGUUCAACUCCUACAGAAUUUGUUUGGAAUACCAACAUGGCCGCCGUUUCAUUGUUUUGGAACACUAAAAUGGUCCUACACGGGAAUGGAAAUACAGGCUGCCUUCUCUGUCCUCAUAAAAACACUUCAGACAUUUUCAGUGAAUCGUAAAAUCACGUAAAGCAAUAUCAAAUGGGAGGACGUGAAUGAUGUCUAUACUCCAGCUGAAUCAUAUAUUUAUCUCUCCACCAUUUUCCUUUUUUUUGCAGUUUCUGAUUACAAUGUGAGGGUGAAGACAGGAAAUGUAAAGAACGCAGGAACAGAAUCAAAUAUUUAUCUUCAAAUAUUCGGCGAUAAAGGCGACACUGGUGUCAUUGAAUUAAAACAGAUUUGUGACACCAAAGACAGGUUUCAGCGUGGAGCAAAUACCAAGAUUAUCUUGCAAACUGUGGAUGUAGGAAAUGUAAGUUAUUGUUGUCUCUAGUGAAUUGCACGUCUUGUUAUCACUUAGGAGUUGAAGAUACGGCAACUACGAACUGAAGACGACCGGCCACUGUUGGGCACGCCGUUUGUAAAAAUAUAUUCUUAUUUGUCUCCCUUCUUGGUGGUUCCGUUCUCAUCCUUCCAUAGUAACUAAAAACCUUCGACUUCGUGUUUUCAUGAGCCUGUGAAAGCGGAGGAAACUACAUAUUGUGUCUCAUUCCAGUCUCAAAGUGCCUCCCAUCUGUAGUCGUCAGAUCGUAUUUUAAGAUGUUUACUCGACCAAAAUAUGUUGGAGUGUCCUGUUGGUCACGCCAUCGAUUUUGUCGUAUUAACUUGAAAGAAAAAUGUGAUAUACUCCAUUAGAUUCUAGUCUGCUUUCUGGAGUUUUGCCUCUUUAAUUGUCUUGCUAAAUAUUGCGUCGCUUUUGCUCCCCUAUGUAGCUGGAGAAGGUUCGAAUCGGUCAUGACGGAAGAGGCCUGGGAACAGGAUGGUACCUCGAGGAGAUCGUGAUCCUCAUACAUGACGAGUGCUGGAUUUUCCCUUGUAACCGCUGGCUGGCUGAUUAUGAAGACGAUGGAAAAACAGAGAGGGAUCUGUAUGCAGGUUAGCUUUAUUGUGUGUGAACGCCCAAACAGGAUGACAAGAACAUAGCGAAUUGUGUAGUCUGGUGCUCUAAUGUCUUUCUCCAGUAUCAAACGUCCACGCUCAAAGGAUUUACACUUGUAACUGCAACAAAUUGUUAUUGUUUAUAGAGAGGAAGACUUAUGCACACGAGCCUGACUUACAAGACUUGAUAGAAUACUUACAGACUGAUGAUACCACACUGAUCGUAAAUGCCGCUAACUACCUCCAGCAUCUCUCGUACAGUGAUGAGCAAGUCAAGGUUAAAGUACGGUAAGUUCGUCAGGCAACAAAAUUUUCCAUUGUAAAAUUCACAAAAGACAAAUUGUAGCCCGCAACGUUCGCCUGACAGCUUGUAAUUGGCUAAGAGAUUUCUUGCAGUCCCGAGGGUUGUCCCGCGCGUGAGUUUAGUCGGCCCAGGGAAGAUAUUUUACUCGGUAAGUGUGGUAGUUCAGCAAUGCCAAGCGAUUACAAGCGCCGCUUAGUUGAAAGUUUUAUGCAGUCAUCACCCCUCAGAGUCCAGUUGUGUUGUAAGUUUACUUUGGAAGCAUCUCAGGGUAACUAGCGUUACGACCUGCCGGGUAGGCGCUAUCGGGCGCGAGUUAAACGAUACGAGCGCUAGAAGAGGAUGACACGCGUCUCCUCUUAUCUCGCGGGCUGUUCUUGUUUGCGCCCUAAAUUUUUCAUGGGCCUUCUACGGAGGCUAUGGUAGUAACAAGUGCCCUUUGUUUAUGUUAUUGUUGUUUGUUUAUAACAGUGAGCUUGGUGGCAUCCCAGUUUUAGUACGUCUCCUUGACCACGAAUUAGAAGAAAUUCAUCGAUCUGCCGCGGCUUGUUUACUAAAUUUAUCCUACAGUAAAUCAAGAGACGAAAACAAGGUAAUUAUCCUCUUUUCAACGCCGUGUUGAUAGAAUGUUCGAGCUACAAAAGCGGCUUUGUUUAGAAAAGUACCGUAUUUUCUUUGUUAACUUUCUCACUUAACAAGUUGCCCUUAGCAGGAGUGAAAAUCACAAAUACACAGAGUUUAACCAGUAUGAGAUCGAUGGCAGACUAGGUCGUUUUCUACGCUCCAUGUGACACUGGCGUAGUCGUGUUUUUUAUAUUUUCAACACGAGACCGGCUAUAUUCGAAGGGGAUUCGUUUUGUAGGAAACUGUAGUGUUGCGUCGUUGGGAAAGCAAAACUUCAAACUUAGGGAAACUUUUCGAAAGUCCCUUCUACUUUCGGAUACAGCGCAACAUUAUAUAAGAAAAUCCAUAAUUAUUUAAUUAAUCCAUUACUGCAAUGCAUAUACGCCUGCAUGUCUUUGAUUACUUGGCUUUUAAACUAAACAUUGGUGAAAUUGUUUUCUCACGUUAUCGAGAUUUAAAAAAAACGACCCCCUGGUUUUAGACGCGGAAAGUUUCUCUCUUUCGUCAAAUUUGGUUGGGGGAUUGCGAGGUCUCGCUCCUUAAGUCACUUCCUGGUAAUUUUCGUGUCUCGCGCGUUUCGGUCGAUGGACUAAGAAAAAAAAGUGAAUGCUCGUCGUCUACCCGGUUCUAUCAAUUGGGCAAUGUUACGUAAAGAGAUUCAAAAGGUUCGUAUUAAGCCUUUUAUUCUCACAACUCUAUAUUUGUAUCUGUUCUCCCUCAGCUGGCUAUUGCUCAUUGUUACGGCAUUGAAGCUUUAAUUCGAUUGUUAAAAAGAACAAGAAAAGACGAGGUAAGCAGUUAAACUGACCCUCCUGUGUAUAGUUUAACUUCUUUUUUUGUGUGCCAUCAAUGAAGUUAGUGACAGACAAAUGUAUAUUUUGUCUCUUGAGAGGAGAAAAGAGAUGUUCAUUAAGAGAUUUAAGAGAGAUAGUCUGGAAAAAAUCGAGCGGCAAAAUCUUGAUUUCGAGGCAGGUGUUAAAAAAUCGAUUUCUUUCAUUUCUUUUCCACGGAUAGCUUUUAGGUAGAGAAGAAACCUGAUAUAGAUUGUUUCCACCAAAAGCCGUUUAUUUGUGCGAAAAAUUGUCCAGUCCAAAUUUCUCCCUGCGGCUUUUUCUGCGAACGCAAGGAGAGUUGAUGUUAGCAAAUUUAGGGUUGAAAGUUAGGCCACGGAUAAUGUUAUUUAAUUUGUACUUUUCUCGAAACUAAAAGGCCUUUUUACGAUAAUAAUUUACAUCAGAUUACUUAUCCCCCAUGUGCCAUGUAAGAAAUGGAUUUUUCAACUCUUGUCACCCAAUAAAGACUUAACGACUUGUCUCGAGGGAAACAAAGGAAACCAAAGAUUCGAGGGGAUCUAUCCUCCACGCAUCCGCUUGAAUACUUGUAUGAAAUCAACUGAUUUCGUUGUGAGGAAACUUUUAAACAUAACAAACGCUGUGAGAUUAAAUAUCGUAAUGUUUUCCUGGCAUCCUCUUCUCAGCCUUCUGAUUUUCCGGUUUUUUAACACGAGAGCUCUUCUUGACAGCUGGUUCUUUCACCUCCAUGGCUUGAUAACAACUUUGCUGCAGUUGCAUAUAUACAUAAUUAUCCAGUUGCUCUAAAUUGUGAUUUGUUACAUAACUGCAAAUUUUGAAGCUGGAAAUUCAUUCAACCUCGCUGUAUUGUAACGGCGGUCUUCGGUUAAGGUAACAGUGAACGGAGCCUCUGACGUCAUGGAUUUUGCAACGUUGCCCGCUCAGAGAUUUCAUUGUUUCAAACAGUUUCCUUGUUAGAUGUCAUGUGGUUAAGAAGUAACCAAUGAGAGCGUGCGUUAUUGGGAAAAAUUUCCUGCUAUAUAACAACACUGCUUAUAAGGGUACAAAAAGGGCGUGAGAUUAAAGGUAAUGACCACCAAGAAAUAAAGGUCGCGAUUGUAAACACAUCCACCUUUUCUGUUCGCUUGGAAAUGGUUGGAGAGUAGUGUAGAAAAUAUGCAUGCUAGACGAGUAUCACCGUUUAAUGAUCAAAGGUCGUUCACAGAAUUUUUAAAUUUGUUCCAGGUGAAAGAAGUACUGUUAGGAGUUUUAUGGAACCUUUCAUCGUGUGAAGUAAGUUUUUCUAAGUUGUAAUUGUAGCACCUCCUACGCUUUGCAGACGCCAAAGAUAUCUUUUCAGUAUUGUCGAGGAAAAAAUAUUGAAAUAGAGUUUAACUGAUUGGCAACUACAUUCUGUGUUAAAAUGAAAAAAAAAUGUCAAUUGCUCAAGAUGACUGAUGAUUGUGCAAGGGAAAGAUAGUGAAGUUAGUCAAUAAUUUCCAUCUUUGUUUAAUACGUUGAUAGUGUGCGCUCUUCUCUCGUGGCAUAAACUGUUAACACCACGCGUAUUAAGCUUUUUUUUUUUGCUUUCCUCCAACAGGAUCUAAAGCUUCGUAUCAUCGAAAUAUGUCUGAUUGUCCUAGUAACUAUAAUAAUUAUACCGUAUUCUGGUUGGACCAAAACCGCUGCCCAGAGUAACGCGCCGAUCCCGUCGAUUAAAUGGUCGACCGUCUUCCGUAAUGCCAGCGGUGUUCUUAGAAAUGUGUCCUCAGCAGGGCCUGAGGCAAGACGAGUUAUGAGGGACUGUUAUGGACUGGUGGACUCCUUUGUGUGGAUCAUUAAGGCGCCUAUUGGAAAAACUGAUAUUGAUAAUAAGGUAACGAAACAGGAAGUAAAUAUUGUUCUCUAGUACGCUAAUACGCUAGGUGACGCUCAGUCACUUGAGCACUUUCUCACCGAAUUGACUGGAAAUCAGUAUCAAAAUAAUUGCUUCUAAAAACAACAACAAAAAUAACGAACUCUGUUGGGGAAAACGGAAGAAGAUUCAAACGGGUGGCAUUUCGGUAAACUUGAAAACGUUUGAGAAAGUGUGACGUUUGUCAGUUUACCGAUUUAUUCGAUUGUAAAAUUUAGGGCCCGCCUUCAUAUAACGUCACGGCGGCCAUAUUGGUGUACAAAACAAUUAAACAGCGGCCAUGUUGGUCUACAGAAUAAAUCAUGUGGGGAUUGAAUUCUUUUCGAAUGUAAAAACCUUCUUUUUCUCGAAGAAAUUUGCAUAGCUGCUGACUACGAGGGUGAAAAAGAUCUAUAAUAUGAAAGAAGAUCAUGGCAGUUAUAGACGCAACAUUUGCAAUUGCGAAAAGAAAGCCUGAAAAAAAAGUCAAAAAUUGUAACUAAAAUAACCUAUGGUGCGAUUAUUGAAAUUAAACCUCUUUGGCAGUACUUUCACAUGGGAAAUUUUUGUUCCUCGUAGUGUACAAAGUGAAAUGAGGGAAAAUUUAAUUUCGAUCACUGUUAUCAGUGGAGAGUCAAGGUUAUUUAUCUUUAUUGCUGUUUCAGUCUGUAGAGAAUUCCGUCUGUAUUCUUCGCAAUUUGUCAUAUCGUCUGGAAAACGAAGUUGACAGAGAAAAAUAUAAGGACGCUCCCAUGAUUGAACCAAGCCGCAAGGAACCCGAGAAACCUGAUCCGGGUUGUAUGGCAGGCUGCGGAGUUGCAUCAAAGAAGAAAAAGAAGGGAACAAUCAAAGAAUCGGAACAGCCUCAAAUUAGAAGAGACCCGGUCGAAGGAGUCGAGUUAUUAUGGCAACCGGAGAUCGUCAAGUCAUAUUUAUCUAUAAUGGCAGAAUCGUCAAAUCCUGAGACGUUAGAAGGCUCGACUGGCGCUGUGCACAAUUUAACGGCUUGUGGAUGGCGGGUAAGACGAAUUUUACUUGAUGGAAGUUUUUCCCUCUCUUCGUCUUUGUACUCUCUCUUUCUCGCUUCUGUUUGCGCCCUAACGUAAGGGUUUCCCUGGAAUAGGUGUGUUGCGUGACGACCAAAAUAAUGCUUGUUUUGAAGACUAUGUAACUUCCUCUUUCCGGACCAUUGCAUCUGUGGAAAGGGAGAAAGGAAAAAGGCAUGCAGCGGGUGUUUCACGCCAAAUACCAGGCUCCUUUUGCUCAGAAACGGCACACUUAGGUUAAAGAGCUACGUUCGGGUUGAAGACAUUAUGAACAGUGCUUCAAGUUCAAGAUCGUUCUACUCUUUAUAAUAACAAUGUUGCAUCAGCCCGCACCGCUCGAGAUUAUAAUAGUGUACGAACUAACAGGAUAUCUGGUGGAGGAUGGAGCUGGGGAGAGCUGACGAGUAACCGCGAACAGACGGGAAGGGACGAAGGGCAAUGAAAAAAGAAGCCAGCGGGGAAACCCGACAACUCGUAACUUGAAAGCGAACCCCAAACACGACAGCUUACUCGCCUGCCAUUGCAAGUGCUUAUAGCAAGACUACCCCACUCGUUUGUAACUGUUUCACGCUUUCCUGAUAUUCUGAUGCAAUCUAAACGCGUUGAUUUGCUUAUGUUUUCGUUUUGCAGUGGUCCAUGGUGGCGCGUUCCGCUGUGCGGAAAGAGAAAGGUCUUCCCAUUUUAGUGGAACUUUUACGGAUGAACUUUGAUCCUGUAGUAAGGGCUGUUGCGACCGCUCUUAGAAAUCUUGCAAUUGAUCCAAGGAACAAAGACCUAAUAGGUUUGUAUGAGCAUCUGCUGCAACGUGUAUUAAGGCUAAUGUCACGAAGUGGUCCCCUGUCCUGUCUUCGGUCUGCCUAGGGAUAUAGGCCUUACCCGUCAGAUAUUUUAAGCAGCGGCUGACACCAGGAGACUUUCGCCUUCAAAGUCCGCGGGAGAAUGUCAAACAUGGAACAUUCCGUAUACAGCUACUUCGAGAAAAUUUGUCGGAAAAAAUGUGCACGCGACAAUCCCGGUAAUAUGGGAUAUGAUCAACACGCUGUUCCUGACACUGUAGCUCUCGAAUCUUCUAUUGUUGCUUUCCUUUAGCAUUCGCAAACAUACGUCCAUGGCCUCUAGUGCCAUUCUUUCAAAUUUCUUUGAAGAACAGUGAACUCAAAACCGCCCACAAUACCUUUCGGGAUUGUCGCGUGCACUUUUCCCGACAACCUUUCUCGAAAUAGCCGUAAAUCAAGCUUCUACGGAGCUUUGUCUCGAAUUAUAUUUUAAAAUAUAACUAACAGUAGGAACUGCCACCAAAUUGAGUGAAGCAAAAAAAAUAAUCCCUCAAAACAUGAAAAGAAGAUAUAAAUAACCUAGCAAGUACAAAGGGAGGUACCGAUGGACAAACUUGAAGAAGAUAAAAACGGACUCGCAAUUGCUCAAUUGCUGGGUUUUCGUCCCGAGUUCAAAUUCUCGGCCACGCUUGUAAAUAGCCAACUGGUUGCCUUCUAACAGUUUUUUAACCUGUUAUGUUGUAUUUGAAGGGUUUCAUUUGAGUGGAGUGCCUUUUGUUGUUUCCACUAUAAACAUGCCUUUAAGCUUUUUUUAACUAACCUUUAACGGAUUGCAAUUGUGGGUUUUUGAAAACUUGCUAGCCUAACAGUUUUUAACAAUGUGUAAGGGUUCAUUUUUGUUGUUUGUAAGGUUUGAUAUGAUGCUUUCAUUGUCGGACAAGAAGCUGUGCAGUGUGUGUGGGUUUUUUUUUACAAGUACUUUCUUCGUUAACGUCAAGUUCCAUACUGUAUAAGGAAGCGUAAUUGGCAAUAUUGACAAAAAUGAACUAGACAGUCGUGACACAGCCCCUUAAAAACCCAAGUAUUUACACUUGUAAACAGUACAUGUUUUUAGUUUUUUUUUCAAGUUGCCACUUUUGGUGCCUGUAGGUAAAUACGCUACAAAGGAUCUUAUUCACCGUCUCCCUGAUCCUGAAGCACCCAAUGACAGAGUUGAAGAGAACACAGUCGGCGCAAUACUAUGUGCUGUUCAUCAGGUGGUCAACAAGAGCAUCCCAAAUUCAAAGUAAGACACCAACAUAUACAAAUAGCCUGCUUUUAUAAUGCUGAGGAAAAACGCGCCAAAAAAAAACCAAAAACAACUACAACUGCUACAUGUACUACAAACAAUAAACUUUGAAAUGGGCGCCGUACUUAGCCUACAAGCAAACGAGAGAACUUUUUGAAAGCUGAGGUUUACUUAGGAUAUACCAUUAAGAUGUAGAUCUGUAAGUAAGUUUUUGAGUGUCUCAAUCGACAGAAAGGGCAUAAUUUUAAAGGAAGUGUGUAAACCGGAAGUUAUAUUGAAGGCAGUCCAUGGUGUUUUAUAACGCAUUCUGUCCCGCGUCUGUACAAAAUAAGAUAGGGCACAAAGUCAAGGAAACGCGCCGGCAACCAGGCCUACCGGCCAUUUUGACUGGGUCGACUUGCACUAUGGGAUUGUUUUUGGGCCAGCUCUUGCGCAACUUCGUAAUAGCCAAUGAAAAAUGUGAUGGUGUGUUCCAAAACAGUCCCAUAAUGCAGUUUGACGCAACCUCAAAAUGGCCUAUUUUAUAGCAGUACCACAGCGGAGCCUGAGUGCCAGCGUGCAGUGUCUGUAUUGUAAAAACAGUCGAUAUAAUUCUGUUUUUACUUCUCUUCAGACACGUGCGCAGUGUUGGAGGACUAAAGAAGAUUGUGGCAAUAGCGAAGUCUAGGAACAGAUACUCGCCUAAGAUAGUCAAAACAGCUAACCAGGUAUGUUUAUCACCAUUUAUCUUUAAUAAUAACGAAUAUGACGAGAAAAUUAUCUUUUGAUUAUACCGAUUACUAUAUGACUAUCCUUGGCUAAAGGAACACAAAAUAAAAAACGGGAGGUAGCGGGCCGCCAUUCACUUGACACUGAUAUAGAAAGAAGCCUCAACCUCCAUUUCCUACUGUAAAGAUGCAAAAGGAUUUUCUUAACUCCUAGAGUGUGAAGAGGACUUUUUGACGGAGACCAGCUGUUUCCGUGAAAAAAUUGAUUCCGGUGGAAUACUAUUUCUCGCGGUCGACUCACAGACCUAUUUUCACUCGUUAUUCUGUUUGUUUGUGUGUGUGUGUGUGUGUGUGCUUUUUUUGUUUUUGUUUUUUUUUCUUUUCUUAAACGCCUUUUCCCUUAUAAGCAAAAGUUUUAAGUGCUCAGGUUUUUUGGUUUAUUCAUCUACAAAUUUUUUCUUCUUCUUGAAGGUUUUAAUAACAAUUUGGAAUCUAGUGCCUCUUCGAAGUUCUCUGAAAAACGAGGGCUGGGAAUUUACGAAAGAAAUAGGCGAUGAGUUUGGUCACGUGCCCCCAACGCCACGCCCUUUUGAGGACAUAACAAUGCCACGAGGAAGACAACCGCCGUCCGGGUCUUUAAAAAGAGAACCUCGUCCGAUAAGAGCCGAGGAGACAUCCAUUCCUCAACCUCAAUUCUACGAGCCGGAAAAAAGCGGUGCACCACCAAGUACUUCCACCAGAGGCGACGGUUACGAAGGAGACGACGAAAUACGCCGACGAAGGGCGCCGAGAGAGGGCCGAGAUGAAAUAGAAAUGGAGGAUAUCGGCGGUUAUCGGGAAAUCGAUAAUAAUCCGGAUCCCGAGCGUACCGGUGGUGCCCAGGCUUUAACUCCGGCCUACGAUAGUAGGCAGCCGCGUGAAGAACCACUGUACGCCCAAGUUGAUAAAAGCAAAAAGAAAAUGUAUAAAUUACAAGGAACUGAAGGACAACAAAGCGAUUCUUGGGUGUAAAACAGUUUUGCCGUGAAAUGUGUCGAGUCGUUUUGAUUUCUUUAUGUUGGUUCUCCAAGACUUCUAUUUUUGUCGCUCUUUUAAUUGGCGCGAACAAGGUACAUUAGCAAACCAACAAAAAGAUCAAAAGGACAAAAUGAAAAGUGAAGUGAAUGUGACGUUUGUUUUUUUUAAAACAGCCAGAUUGGAAGAAAAAAUUCUGACGCUUUUUCUAAUUGCUGCCUCUGAACGUUGGAUGAUAAAUUACCUUUGUGGAAGAAAUAUUACUUGACUCUAUGCCAACACUAAGGUUAGCAAUAGUAAAAGCGUUGAAGUGACUUUUUUUAUAGAGUUUGGUCCAUUAAUGUCAAAUGCAGAUAACCCUCAGCAGGUCAAGGUAACGAAGAGUAGCAAUUUUUUAAUUCAUUAGUGUAAAUUUUUUUGAAUUCCAUAAAGCAUGUAUAAAAAUCCUUCAGAUAGAUUUAAAUGCUAGCUUGAGGGUCUAGAAGGCUUUUUAGGCUUUUCUUGGCGAAGGUAGAAUAAAAACGUUUGUCACGGCUUGGUUAGCACGCUGGGUUCCAGGCCGUCCGAACUUGCCUGCGUCCGUUGCCGUAUGAUUGUGCGUGAGACUGGAGUAGAGUUGUGUUGAAUUGCUUUGUGAGAUUUUUGAGGGGACGAAUUUUGACCUAUUUUCCUGUGCAACCUCAUAAUAAACGAUUCCAUGGCGCACUUCAACACAGUAUUGAGCAGUCUUACCUCAAAAUAUCUCAAAUUGCUCUAUGGGAUUUUUUGCGGGGACGAAUUCUAACCUAGUUUCUCUCGCAACCACGCAGUAAACAAUCCCUUGGCGCAUUUCGACACAGCAU